CCGGGGGAAGAGUUGGGAAGGAUGGGCCAGAGCUCCGGGCAGUGUGCGAGGCGCACGCACUGGAGCCUGCAGUCUGCGUCCCGCACCCCAGCAGCCGCGCCAUGAGCCGGAGUCUCUUGCUCCGGUUCUCGCUGUUCCUGCUCCUACUGCAGCUGCCCCCGGUCCUGCUCGCGGACCCCGGGGCGCCCACGCCAGUGAAUCCCUGUUGUUACUAUCCAUGCCAACACCAGGGCAUCUGUGUCCGCUUUGGCCUUGACCGCUACCAGUGUGACUGCACCCGCACGGGCUAUUCCGGCCCCAACUGCACCAUCCCUGAGCUGUGGACCUGGCUCCGGACUUCAUUGCGGCCCAGCCCCUCUUUCACUCACUUCCUGCUCACGCAUGGGCGCUGGUUCUGGGAGUUUGUCAACGCCACCUUCAUCCGAGAGAUGCUCAUGCGCCUGGUACUCACAGUGCGCUCCAACCUUAUCCCCAGUCCCCCCACCUACAACGCAGCACAUGACUAUAUCAGCUGGGAGUCUUUCUCCAAUGUGAGCUAUUACACUCGUAUUCUGCCCUCUGUGCCUAAAGACUGCCCCACGCCCAUGGGAACCAAAGGGAAGAAGCAGUUGCCAGACGCCCAGCUCCUGGCCCGCCGCUUCUUGCUCAGGAGGAAGUUCAUACCUGACCCCCAAGGAACCAACCUCAUGUUUGCCUUCUUUGCACAACACUUCACCCACCAGUUCUUCAAAACUUCUGGCAAGAUGGGUCCUGGCUUCACCAAGGCCUUGGGCCAUGGGGUAGACCUCGGUCACAUUUAUGGAGACAAUCUGGAGCGUCAGUAUCAACUGCGGCUCUUUAAGGAUGGGAAACUCAAGUACCAGGUGCUGGACGGAGAAAUGUACCCUCCCUCCGUAGAAGAGGCGCCUGUGUUGAUGCGCUACCCUCGAGGCACCCCGCCCCAGAGCCAGAUGGCCGUGGGCCAGGAGGUGUUUGGGCUGCUUCCUGGGCUCAUGCUGUAUGCCACGCUCUGGCUGCGCGAGCACAAUCGUGUGUGUGACCUGCUGAAAGCUGAGCACCCCACCUGGGGCGAUGAGCAGCUCUUCCAGACGACCCGCCUCAUCCUCAUAGGAGAGACCAUCAAGAUUGUUAUCGAGGAGUACGUGCAGCAGUUGAGUGGCUAUUUCCUGCAGCUGAAGUUUGACCCAGAGCUGCUUUUUGGUGUCCAGUUCCAGUACCGCAACCGCAUUGCCUUGGAGUUCAACCAGCUCUACCACUGGCACCCCCUCAUGCCCGACUCCUUCAGGGUGGGCUCCCGGGAGUACAGCUAUGAGCAGUUCUUGUUCAACACCUCCAUGUUGGUGGACUACGGGGUUGAGGCCCUGGUGGAUGCCUUCUCUCGCCAGAGAGCUGGCCGGAUCGGUGGGGGCAGGAACAUGGACCACCACGUCCUGCAUGUGGCUGUGGAUGUCAUCAGGGAGUCUCGGGAGCUGCGGCUGCAGCCCUUCAAUGAGUACCGCAAGAGGUUUGGCAUGAAGCCCUAUACCUCCUUCCAGGAGCUUGUAGGAGAGAAGGAGAUGGCAGCGGAGUUGGAGGAGUUGUAUGGAGACAUUGAUGCAUUGGAGUUCUAUCCUGGGCUGCUUCUUGAAAAGUGCCAUCCGAACUCUAUCUUUGGGGAGAGUAUGAUAGAGAUUGGGGCUCCCUUUUCCCUCAAGGGUCUCCUAGGGAAUCCCAUCUGUUCUCCGGAAUACUGGAAGCCGAGCACAUUUGGCGGCGAGAUGGGCUUUAACAUCGUCAAGACGGCCACACUGAAGAAGCUGGUCUGCCUCAACACCAAGACCUGUCCCUACGUUUCCUUCCGUGUGCCAGACGGCAGUCAGGAUGAGGGGCCUGCUGUGGAGCGACCGUCCACAGAGCUCUGAGGGGCAGGAAAGCAGCGUUCUGGAGGGGAGAGCUUUGUGCUUGACAUUCCAGAGUGCCGAGGCCAGGGUUGAUAGUCUCAAAUGCUCAUUUUCUGGUUUGGCAUGGUGAGUGUUGGGGUUGACAUUUAGAAUUUUUGAGUCUCACUCGUUAUCUGCACUAUUGCGAUUCUGUUUGUCCUUCCAGAAUGCCGAGUUCCUUGUUAGCCCUUCAGAUGGUUAGGAGUGGUUCUCAUUUGGCCUGCCAGAAUACUGGGUUCUUAGUUGACAACCUAGAAUGUCAGAUUGCUGGUUGAUUUGUAACACCGGCAUUCUAGAAUGUGGAGCGCCUGAUGAAGUCUUCUAGAAAGUUCUGGGGUUCUUAUUUUGCAUUCCAGAAUCUUGACUUUCUGAUUGGUGAUUCAGAGUUUUGUGUUCCUGGCUGCUGAUGAUCCAGAACAGUGGCUUCUAUCCCAAAUCAGUCAGCAUCUGAAUGUCUAGAAUGUGGAUUUGAUUCAUUUUCCUGUUUAGUGAGAUAUCAUAGAGCGGGUGAUCAAGAAUGUCCAACAAGAAUGUAUUCCCUGAAUCUGUGCCUGCACUGAGGGGGGAAGGAGGUGGGGUUUUCCUCUUGGGAUCCCCCUUACAUCCUGCUCUGAGGAUGUAGAGAGAACAGGUGGGCUUUAUUCAUGCCGUUGGUUGGAAGCUGCCAGAGCUCUGUUCCCAUCCAGGUCUUCACUUAUGGCAGCUGUUUCUCAUGAAGCUAAUAAAAUUCACUUUCUAAAGUUGCCUGUUACAUAUCUCUUUUGGCCCCGUCCCCCAAGGCAGAGGCAACACAGGAAUGUGGCUAGCCUUUCUCCUGGCCGAAGCUGGGUGUGCUAGAGUUUGCAGCACGAGACUCCGCUGGGAUCCCUGGGCCCAUCACUGUGUAGAUGUGUUACCACUCGCGCUUCAUUUCUCCCUGCGGGCCAGGCACUGGCCUUUUCAGGAUGCUCUCCUAAAAUACCCGUUGCCCCAGCCCCGGGAGAUGUAACAUUCAGUUCCCACCAUCUGAUUAAAACAAUUUCCUCCCUUGCAGAGCGUACAACAGAGGAGGCACCAGGGAGGCGAGCACAUACUGUGUGCCAAUUUCACACUUUUAAUUCUCAUUUGUUCUCACACCAACAGUGUGAAGUGCGUGGUAUAAUCUCCAUUUCAAAACCAAGGAAGCACCUUCAGAGCUCAGGCUGAGUCCAGAAUUUGUGCUCCUCUUGAUUUCCGGGUUGACUCAAUUCCAGGCCUGUCUGGCUCAGGGUCAGAGACAGAAUGGUGGAGUGCAGCCUCCACCUUAUAUUCAGGCUGCUCAUUCAGUCCCAAAUGUGUAUUUUCCUAAGUGCUUACUGUGCGCCAGUUCCUGUUAACAGGUGUGGGGACACAGCAGUGAGUAAUCAAUGCAGACAAGGCUCUGCCCUUCGGGAGCUCACACUCUAGUGGCAGAAAAACAGACAAUAAAUAAGGAAACGAUGAAAUAAGAUAUAUGCAAGGUGGGUGUGACUUCCCUUCUAACCCCCUCUGCUCUGUCCUCCCCUCCUGCAGUCUCAAGACCAGAGACCCAAUAGCAGUGAUCUCAGGGCAGACAGUCCCCUGUCCCUCCACUCCAGCCCCGAGACCUUUUCCUCAGGAUCUCUAUAGGAAGCAGAGAGAAGAGACAGUGGUAAAAUGAGGGGUUGAGGGAAGUCCUUGGGGUUAAGUCUCCUAUCUUAUAGUCCAGAAACUCCUGUUUCUCCUCAGUUGGCUGGAAACUGCUCCCAUCAUUCCUCUGGUUCCUGUUGAAUGCAGAGAAUGCAAUCCUUCCCUGCUCUCGCAAUUGCUCUGACGUAGAAAGAUCCUUUGCGUGCUGGAAGUGUCCAUAAAGAGGUUGUGCCCUGUCCUUGCUUGCAGAUUCUGUUUCCCUUCUUCUGCUAAUACCUCUUACUUUGCUUGAGAGUACUCUCCUCUCUUAUUAAUUUCAGUCUUGGUGGUUCUAUCAGGGGUGCAUUCUGGCCAAGGGGUGGGCCUGUGAAUCAAUCCCCAGCAAUCAGACACCUUCUCCUUCAAAACUGGCCCUUGGAUAUUGAGGUCAUUGACGCUGAUUCAUCCCCACAGCUGGGUCUGACAAGAUGGUCCAUUUGUUCCUGCUUCUGAGAUCCCCAGGGCAGCCUGGAUUCCUGCCCUUCUGAAGACUUUAGCUUUUCCUUCCAUCCAGUGGCCUAUUCCAGGGAUUCCUCUUUUGCUUAAAUCAGUUGGAGUUUGUGUCUGUUGCUUGUAAUCAAGCCUUUAUAGCUGCUGGACUGAGUGACACAAGCACUUUAAUGGGCUGGAGGGACUUUUAAUCAGUGAAGAUAUAAUCAGACGAAUGUUUUAGAGAGAUCACUCUCAGGAAGGGUGGACGACAGCAGAGGACAGGAAGCUGGCAGAACUGAGGAGGCUGCAGCUGUGGUCCAUCCAGGAGCUGAUGGCAGCUGGGGCCAGAGGAAGGGCUUUGGGGAUGGAAGCACGGGACAGGUUCCAGAGUAUUCAUCUCCUGAAUGCAGGUGCCUAGAUUAGGUAGACUUUGCUUAGUAUGGACAAUUGCAUGUGAAAGUUUUGUGAAAAGAAACAGGCUAAAUGCACCUAGAAAGCUUCUUCAGAGUGAAGAAACUUAAUGCUUGUAAUUGGAACACUUGUCCCUGGAGUUCUGAUUUGGUGGCUGUGAUGGUUGGUUUUAUUUGUCACUUUGGUUGGGCUGUAGCACCCAGUUGUUUAAUAAAACACUAAUCUAGGUGUGGCUGUGAAGGUAUUUUGUAGAUAUGAUUAACAUCUACAAUCAGUUGACUUUAAGUAAAGGAGAUUACUUAAAUAAUUUGAGUGAGCCGCACCUAAUUAGUUGAAAGACCUUAAGAACAAAAACUGCAGUUUCCUGGAAAAGAAGAAACUCUGUCUCAAGACCGUAGCCAUUGACUCCUGCCUGAGCUUCCAGCCUGCUAGUCUGCCCCAUGGGUUUCAGGUUUCCCGACCCCAACAGCUGUGUGAGCCAAUGACUAAAAAUAAAGCUACAUACAGCCA